AUGCUUUCAAGCCUACAGCUAAUCAUGCUUGGCUGCUCAAUUGUGGCUUCUGCAUCUUUGAAGGUGGGCUUCUAUACACGAACUUGUCCAUUUGCAGAGACCAUUGUAAGAAAAGCUGUAAACAAAGCGGUUUCACUUAAUCCUGGCAUAGCUGCUGGUCUCAUCCGAAUGUAUUUCCAUGACUGCUUCGUCAGGGGUUGUGAUGCUUCUGUCCUUCUAAGAUCUGUGCCCGGAAACCCCCCAGCAGAGAUGGAUCACCCUGCUAAUAACCCUAGUUUGCGAGGUUUCGAGGUGAUUGAUGAGGCCAAAGCCCAAAUCGAGGCACAAUGUCCAGGAACCGUGUCUUGUGCAGACAUAAUCGCAUUCGCUGCCCGUGACAGUACCUACGAAGCUGGAGGGAUUUAUUACGCCAUUCCUGCCGGCCGCAGGGAUGGCCGUGUCUCUAUUAGCGACGAAGUACCACAAAACCUGCCCCCACCGUUCUUCAAUGCGCAACAAAUUGCUCAACUUUUCGCAAGGAAAGGAAUGUCAGUGGAUGAGAUGGUGACAUUAUCAGGGGCACACUCCAUUGGUGUCUCGCAUUGCUCUUCCUUUUCCAACCGGCUCUACUCUUUUAACGCCACUCAUGCUCAAGACCCUUCUCUUGAUCCUAACUACGCUGCCUUUUUGAAAACCAAGUGCCCACCCCCGACAUCUGCGGCUGGUGCUGGAGGGGAUCCAACAGUGCCACUUGAAAGUGUCACACCCAAUCGCCUGGACAACAAGUACUACAUUGAACUGACGCGUCGUCGUGGUUUGCUCACCUCCGACCAGACAUUGAUGGACAGUUCCUUGACCUCCGCGUUGGUGUUGAACAAUGUGAGGCGCGGUGAAGCAUGGGCUAAAAAGUUCGGCAACGCAAUGGUGCAUAUGGGUUCCCUUGAUGUUCUCACUGGACAACAAGGUGAAAUCAGGAGAAAUUGCAGUGUGGCCAACUGAUAUGUUACUUUUGUGCGAAUAGGGCAAAAAAAAAAAAUUAUUAUACUAGAAAAUAAAAGAAAAUAAAAUAAAUAGAGGGUUUACUCUUAUAUAUGUCCAUCCAUAUCAAUUAAUUGGUAGAGUAGAUCAAAAUAAUCAUAUGCUUGUAACCAGCUUUGAACUGGUGACAUGAGGAUUUUCAGUCCUCUGCUCUACCAACUUUGCUAUCCUAAUCAUUACUGACACAUUACUCUCGUAAUACUAAA